AUGGCCAACCUCAGUACGCAGAAGCGCCUUGCUUCUUCCGUUUUAAAAUGCGGCAAACGUAAAGUUUGGAUGGAUCCCAACGAACUUAGCGAAAUCAGCAAUGCUAACAGCCGUCAAAACAUCCGUAAGUUGGUUAAGGACGGUUUGCUCAUCCGCAAGCCUAACUUAAUGCACUCUCGCUUCCGUAUCCGCAAGACCCAUGCUGCUAAGCGUCUUGGUCGUCACACUGGUUAUGGUAAGCGUAAGGGUACUGCUGAGGCUCGUAUGCCCUCUGCUGUUGUCUGGAUGCGCCGCCAACGUGUCUUGCGCCGUCUUCUCCGUAAGUACCGUGAAACUGGCAAGAUUGAUAAGCACCUUUACCACAGCCUUUACUUGGCUGCUAAGGGUAACACCUUUAAGCACAAGCGUGCUUUGAUUGAACACAUCCAACGUGCUAAGGCUGAAGCCAACCGUACUAAGUUACUUCAAGAGCAACAGGAUGCUCGUCGUACUCGUUCCAAGGCCGCUCGUCUCCGUAGAGCUAAGGUUGUCGGAGAAAAGCGUGAACAAGCUUACACCGCUGCUGAGCAAAUUGAGGAGUAA